CUUCAAGAUGCAACGAGCUCUCUCUUCCAGGACCUCCGUCCUGUCCGCCGCCUCCAAGCGUGCUUCUUUCCAGAGACCCUCCGUCAGCCUGCAGCAGCAGCGUUUUGCUCACAAGGAGCUCAAGUUCGGUGUUGAGGCUCGUGCCCAGCUCCUCAAGGGUGUCGACACUCUUGCCAAGGCCGUCACCUCUACUCUCGGUCCCAAGGGUCGCAAUGUCCUGAUUGAGUCCUCCUACGGCUCCCCCAAGAUCACCAAGGACGGUGUGAGCGUUGCCAAGGCCAUUCAGCUCCAGGACAAGUUCGAAAACCUCGGUGCCCGUCUCCUCCAGGAUGUCGCUUCCAAGACCAACGAACUCGCCGGUGAUGGUACCACCACUGCCACCGUCCUUGCCCGUGCCAUCUUCUCCGAGACCGUCAAGAACGUUGCUGCUGGAUGCAACCCCAUGGAUCUCCGUCGCGGUAUCCAGGCUGCCGUUGACGCUGUUGUCGACUACCUCCAGCAGAACAAGCGUGACAUCACCACUGGUGAGGAGAUUGCCCAGGUUGCCACCAUCUCCGCCAACGGCGACACCCACGUCGGUAAGCUCAUCUCCACCGCCAUGGAGAGAGUCGGCAAGGAGGGUGUUAUCACCGUCAAGGAGGGCAAGACCCUUGAGGAUGAGCUUGAGGUCACCGAGGGUAUGCGCUUCGACCGUGGAUACACCUCCCCCUACUUCAUCACCGACGCCAAGUCCCAGAAGGUUGAGUUCGAGAAGCCCUUGAUCCUGCUUUCCGAGAAGAAGAUCUCCGCCGUUCAGGACAUCAUCCCCGCCCUCGAGGCUUCUACCACUCUCCGCCGUCCUCUCGUCAUCAUUGCUGAGGACAUUGAGGGUGAGGCUCUUGCUGUCUGCAUCCUGAACAAGCUCCGUGGUCAGCUCCAGGUUGCCGCUGUCAAGGCCCCUGGCUUUGGUGACAACCGCAAGAGCAUCCUCGGUGACCUUGCCGUUCUCACCAACGGUACUGUCUUCACCGAUGAGCUUGACAUCAAGCUCGAGAAGCUCACCCCCGACAUGCUCGGUUCCACCGGCGCCAUCACUAUCACCAAGGAGGACACCAUCAUCCUGAACGGUGAGGGUAGCAAGGACAGCAUUGCCCAGCGCUGCGAGCAGAUCCGUGGUGUCAUGGCUGACCCCACCACCUCCGAGUACGAGAAGGAGAAGCUCCAGGAGCGCCUGGCCAAGCUCUCUGGCGGUGUUGCCGUCAUCAAGGUUGGUGGUGCUUCCGAGGUUGAGGUUGGUGAGAAGAAGGACCGUGUUGUCGACGCUCUCAACGCCACUCGCGCUGCUGUUGAGGAGGGUAUCCUCCCCGGUGGUGGUACUGCCCUCCUGAAGGCCUCCGCCAACGGCCUUGACAACAUCAAGGUCUCCAACUUCGACCAGCAGCUCGGUGUCAGCAUCAUCAAGAGCGCUAUCACCCGCCCCGCCCGCACCAUUGUUGAGAACGCUGGUCUUGAGGGCAGCGUCAUUGUUGGCAAGCUCACCGAUGAGUUCGCCAAGGACUUCAACCGCGGUUUCGACAGCUCCAAGGGUGAGUACGUUGACAUGAUCGCUACUGGUAUUGUCGACCCCCUCAAGGUUGUCCGUACCUCCCUGGUUGAUGCCAGCGGUGUUGCUUCCCUCCUCGGUACCACCGAGGUCGCCAUCGUUGAGGCCCCUGAGGAGAAGGGACCUUCCCCUGCCGGUGGCAUGCCUGGCAUGGGUGGUAUGGGCGGCAUGGGCGGCGGCAUGUUCUAAGCUAGUCCCCGCCUCGUAUAGCCUUCCCCUCCUUGUUUCUGAAAGGAUUCCCUUCGAGCGUCUUGUUGCAUAGUACGGGCAUGUCCUGAUAUGUUUUCUGUUGAUUUCCAAAUAUCUCCUUUGUUUUUAAUGUGUUACACGUCUUUGACCACCUAACUACCUCAUUCCCGACUUCUCCUAUUCCUCUACACCCUCUUCUCCGGCAUCAGGUCGGGUUUUCUCCCUCAUCAUCUCCACUCCGUUAUAUUGGGCACAAAAAGUCUCAGGGAGUCCUGUGUAUCAUACCAUGUACUUUAUGUACUCCACGGCAGUUCGUCAGCUGUGGUGUUUGCGAUUUCAUUAUAUUAAUUGUUCAUG